GUCGUCGUUCUACUACAUCCACGCUGAAUCAAUCCAGGAAGGUUACCGCGCUGGACGAUCUCCUCGACCCUCCGUUUGCGUCGUACACAUUCUCAGCAAUGUGAGAAGCGGAAGGAUCGAUUAUGGACCGAGAAAUGGACGGUUGGCCGCGGACGGGUGAUUGGACGAGACUGGGGUAGAGGCGCGCAGCGCUGUCUUCUCUUCUUCUUAUAAAGCGGAUCCAUUCAACAACUCGUUACCAUCCCUCAUGCAAGUGCCCGACGAACUCCUCUUGCUCAUCGUGAGCUACUUCCCGCUGACCACCCUCAUCCGUGCGCGGGGAGUGUGCAAGCUCUGGCGGUCCGUCAUCCCAGGCUCACAUAUCCCUACCUACCGCCGCAGCUUAGUGAAGCUCUAUCUCCGCCUCAUCGACUCUCCUAUCUUCCUUCCGACUCGCAAGCAAAUACUCGACCAGCGCUGCUACUGGAGCCGCGAGACAUACCUGAGCCAGCUUCCGAAGGAGCUCCCGGACGACUUCCGCUGCUGGGUGCUGGAAUGGCCCGAGCGCGCCAUUCUUGGCCUUGUCUGGCCAGGCCUUCGCCACACGCGCAACAUGUUUUCCGAGGCUGACCUCCUCUGCGACACCGGCACAAACAUCCUCCCUAUCAACAUCCUCAACAGCGUCGCCUUCCACAUGCCCUCGCCAUUCAUGAUGCAAGCAUACAUGUAUUCCACGGGUCUUCGCGGCGAGACCGGUGUCGCUUUGCUCAUCGACGACGCUUUUAUUGAUGGGUACCAAAAGAGUCGUAUCCUCCUGUUGAGUGGGAGGUGCAAGGGAGUGGAAAUGGUGGGGCGUGUAUAUCAGGUAGCUGGGGUGAAAGGCGCCAUGGACACGCCAAUCGCCAAGAGCUGGACCGAGUACCUUGAGCAGGAGCUAUCGCGGCAGGAAGCGUGGCAGUUACAGCACGAACGUUGCACUCGUUUGUAAACUUUGUGGGUUGGCGACAUAUAUAUAUGUAUUAGAAGGGCUCGGAUUCGUAUUCUUGACGGAAAUAUGCAAACCUGCUUCGCUUGCGUCGGAGGGAUGUAGCACCACAUUCUGCCGUGUUGUUCUAGCUGGUUUCGGUGGCUCCCUUGCUGGUCUUUUCGGACUUUCGAUGAACGAUUUCGGUUACCAACUUCUGUCAAAUUGUAUGGCUCGGCUAAAAUGUACGGC